GGAGGAGCGCGCGGCCGCGAGCAAAGGAGGGAGGGAGGGAAGGAAGGAAGAGAGCGAGGUAGGCAGGCAGGCGGGCGCGGGGUCGGUGACUGAGGCAGCGGAGGAAAGCGAGAGCCCGGCAGCCGCUUCGCGCCGCGUUACGGCGCGGGCUGUUGGAGGGGGCGGCCGUCGAGUCCGAGAAGAAGCGGGCACCGGCGGCGUUGGUGCUGGCGCCUGGGGGCGGGGGACUGGGGAGGCAGAAAGGGGGGUCGCUGCGGUGCUUCCCUUGCUGUCGCGCUCUCCUUGCCUUUCUGCCGGCUCCGCGGGCUCCUCCCGGCGUCUCCCUCGCCUCCGGGGCCCCGCUCCCCGCCCCCCGCGGUAUGUCUUGAUCCCGAGCAGCGGGUUUCAUGGGGCUCCUCAGGAUUAUGAUGCCGCCCAAGUUGCAGCUGCUGGCGGUGGUGGCCUUCGCGGUGGCGAUGCUCUUCUUGGAGAACCAGAUCCAGAAACUGGAGGAGUCCCGAUCGAAGCUAGAAAGGGCUAUUGCAAGACAUGAAGUCCGAGAAAUUGAGCAGCGCCAUACAAUGGAUGGCCCUCGGCAAGACGCAACUUUAGAUGAGGAAGAGGACAUGGUGGUCAUUUACAACAGAGUUCCCAAAACAGCAAGCACCUCUUUUACCAAUAUCGCCUAUGACCUGUGCGCAAAGAAUAGAUACCACGUUCUCCACAUCAACACUACCAAAAAUAACCCAGUGAUGUCACUACAAGAUCAGGUGCGCUUUGUGAAGAAUAUUACUUCCUGGAAAGAGAUGAAACCAGGAUUUUAUCAUGGACACAUUUCUUACUUGGACUUUGCAAAAUUUGGUGUGAAAAAGAAGCCAAUUUACAUUAAUGUCAUAAGGGACCCUAUUGAGAGGCUAGUUUCUUACUAUUACUUUCUGAGAUUUGGAGAUGAUUAUAGACCAGGGUUAAGAAGACGAAAACAAGGAGACAAAAAGACCUUUGAUGAGUGUGUAGCGGAGGGCGGCUCGGACUGUGCUCCCGAGAAGCUCUGGCUUCAGAUCCCCUUCUUCUGCGGCCAUAGCUCGGAAUGCUGGAAUGUGGGAAGCAGGUGGGCUAUGGAUCAAGCCAAGUAUAACCUAGUUAAUGAAUACUUUCUGGUGGGAGUUACUGAAGAGCUUGAAGACUUCAUCAUGCUAUUGGAGGCAGCUCUGCCCCGGUUCUUCAGGGGUGCUACAGAACUCUACCGCACAGUAGGAAAGAAAUCUCAUCUUAGGAAAACCACGGAGAAGAAGCUCCCCACUAAGCAAACCAUCGCAAAGCUGCAGCAGUCUGACGUUUGGAAGAUGGAGAACGAGUUCUAUGAAUUCGCCCUGGAGCAGUUCCAGUUCAUCAGGGCCCACGCCGUGCGAGAGAAGGACGGGGACCUGUACGUCCUCGCGCAGAACUUUUUCUACGAAAAGAUUUACCCCAAAUCGAACUGAGGACGAGGCCUGACUCUUCGAUUUUUGAACUGAAACUCUGACCCUGUCUUCACCUUCGUUCUCAGCUCCAUGGUUCGUAUUGAGCCAGGUUAGGAAACGGACAUCGACACCAAGGAAGUAGGUGCUGGCUGGUGCGUCAGUAGUCUGAGAAGUUUAAGUUUCAACCUUUUGUUUUGUUUUUGUGUGUGUUUUUUUCCCGGUUAAAUUUUGGUGGGAGUUAUAACCUCCUGCCUGGGAAAAACCUACAUAUCCCCUAAAAUAAACACAUAGCAGUUCUAAUCAAAAGGCUAAAUACGAUCUCAGAAAAAGUUCUGAUACUCUGUUUUUUGAUAAAGCAAUUUUUUCAACUAACCAUUAAAUUUUCAACUUAAUUCAUGAAUAAAGAUGAAUCCAUUUGCUUCUCUGCCUUCACUUGGAGGGUUGGGCUGCGCAGCUCUACUGAGCAGUGUUACUACUGUUGGGCAGUGUGUGCUUUGUUUUGUGAAUCGCCUCUCAUGAAAUUUAUUGGAAUGUUUGAUCAUGUUUGCUAGGAAGUGUCUCUACUGUAGUUGGAAUUGCCCUUGUUUAUGUAGGUCAUGUUAAUUUCCUUUAAAUAUAAUUACCAUUCAUGUUAAAAACCAAUUUAAAGUAGUACUAAUACUGUAAAAAGUCAAGGCAGUAUUUCUCAUUCCUGUCUCCCCAGUAUCUAAGAUUGGGGAGAUGCUUCAAAGAACAUUGACAUUUUAGUUAAGGCUUCCACACAUUAAUAUAAAAAAAAAGUCAGUUUUGUAUUUGUUUCUCCAUGGGUUAUUUGUAAAGCUGUAAACAGGUACCGGUGACUCUAUAUUAUAACUCCAUUAGUGAGCUGUGGUGGGUAGGAUUUUCCUACUUCUGUACUUUUACUUGUAGACUAUUUUUACUACGGUGCUUUAUAAUGUGUUUUAAAGCAUUGCAUUUACAAAAAAAAAAAAAAAAAGGAAAAUGCUGUAAAUAUUGCAUAUUUUAUGUAUUUGGACCAAAAGGUAUGAGUAAUUAGACAAAAGUGGUUUUGCACCAAUUUUAUUAUAUCAAGUAAAACCAUCAGACCUACUGUUCUUGUAUUUCUCAUUUAACUUUAAGAUAUCACUGAAAUUAACUUUAAUAACCUUUCGAUUUUUAUACAGAGUACGUUGUUCAUAAUUGGGGGCAGUAUUUAUAGUGGAAAGAGUACUGGACAACAAGGAAUCAGAAAGCUUGAUUUCUGGUCCUGGCUCUGCCACUAGUCAGCUGUGUGAUUUUGGGUAAGUCACUUAACCUAUUUUUGCCUCAAUUUCCUCAUUUCGAAAUGAGGGUAAUAGUACCUGCUCUCCCUACCUCGCAGGGGUGUUGUGAGGAUUAAACCAGACGGGAUGUGAAGGCACUUUGGAAAUUGUAAAGCGCUAUAUAAAUGUAAGGUAUUAUGGAAACAUCUUUAACCUAUAGUUUCAUACCAUUUGUUUUUUUAAAAAGAAAGAGAAAAGUCCACUUACAAGCUGGUUGAAAAAAAUUUAAUAUUGAUAUAAAUUUGUGUUUGAUAAAUAUCUUCUCAAUGUUUUAUCUUCCCUGUUUCAACUAUUGAAAUGUGACACACCUGUGAAUUCUUAAAGAUUCAGGAGCAGCUGCUUGAGUUCAGGAGGUUCCCUGUUUGAAAAAGACUUCAUUAGUUGACUCGGGGCAGGGGGCAUUUGUUCUUCAGAUUUGGAAGAGUUUUCUCUUUUUAUUUCACAUUGCCGUUCAGAAAUGGUACUAUUUUAUACCUCUGUUUUUUAAGGUAUAUUUUGCAGAGUUUAAUUUCUCUGGGCAUUCUUUACCUUCUUCCCCUUCUUAGAGGGACAGAGGUAAAGAAUUUUACAGACAUUUUUCUAAAAGAAUAAUCUUUAAUAUGUAUAGUUUAAGUAAAUAUUCCCAAACAAGGCCUCACCAAACCAUGUAAGCAUUUUAGGCAGGUUGCUUUCAAGGUUAUUAAUUGUAUGGGAGGCAAGGAGGGAGCACUACUUAUAAAAAAACAUUUACUAACAAAUUUAAAGAAAAGGUCAGGGAAGUUGACAGAAUCAUUUUCAUACCCUUUCCCCCAGUGAUAGGAAAAUAUUAAGAGAACAUUGACAGGCAUACUUUUCAUAUUCAGCUUUCUUUUUUCUGUGUAUUAACUUUUACGGAUAUUUGUUGAAAAUAUAUACAAAUUCUCUCCUUGCCCAUAAGUAAAGCACCACCUCAGGGUGGGGCGUUUGACAUUUAUCUGCUAAGGAGCCGCAGUAUGUAGGCCAUUCUUGGAGCACAGGCUGCAAUCUCCCUGAGGUGCAUUAAUUAACUCCUAGGAAACUGGAGUAGCACAGAGUGCACCAGGUCAGGCAGUCAGGGAACUAACUGUAAAGGUGCAGAGAGUAAAUGUUUUAGGCCUUGCGGGCCACGUGGCCUCUGGCACAGCUCCUCAACGAUGCCAUUUUAACACAUACGCACCCAUAGACGACACACGUGAAUGAGAUGGCUAUUUUCCAGUAAAGCGUCAUUACAAAAGCAGGUGACAUGCCAGAUGUGGACCAGGGGUUGUAGCUUACCAACCCCCGAAAUAGAGAGAUCGUUAUUUAUGGAGAAAUCAUUUUGAAUCUGUACUCUCGUGGCCUAAAAGAGUUUAUAUACUUCCAAAAGCUCCUAACUUAUAUCCAAAGAAUAGCUUUCUGAUCCAGAUUUUCUCUCCCACAGAUUCAUAAACUUUCAUAACUUAGAUUGCUUCCAGGUGGGCAUGUUUUCUUUCCCGGUUUAACAGAAUAGGGGCUUAUUCUGUCAUCUUUUAGGGUGGGUUAGGAGUAUCCUUCCUGGAGGCUGAGAAAGGGUUAGAUUUAAUUCCAUCUGGUCCAAUGCGGCCCUAGGAGUCUGCACGUGCAGAGUCCUUGUAAUACCUAACUUUUUAAUCAAAUAUAUAGAACCACUGAGACAAUAAUGUAUUUUUUUAAAAUGGCAAAUGUGGUUUUCGUUUUUUAGCCUUUGCGCUUUUUCAGUAUUUUGAUCAUAGGAAAUUUUUUUUUUUUAAUAAUACAAAAGCAAAUCAACCACUUUGAAUUUCAAAAGAUGAUGUUAUGUGUGUAUGUGUGUGUAUAUAUAUCUAUAUAUGUUUAUUUCCUAAAAGAGGAAAAAGUACAUUUUUGUUCAACUUGUAUCAACUCCUGUUUUCUAAUUGCUGUGAAAUGGCAACUGUUGAUAAAUUAUUGUGACUAUUUUAAAAUGUAUUGGGGAGGAUACAUUUGGAUUUUACCCAGCUUUAAUCUGUAAAGUAUCACUUAAAUAUAUCCGAUAGCAACACUUAAGAUAUUGCAUGGGGAUUACUUUUCUAUCAUCCACACUCAUUUGUGCAACUAUGAACAUAUUGGGUACUUCUGAAUUCCUGAUGAUUGGGUUUAAAAUUUUUGAAAAUCAGAGAACUUGAAUUUACUGACUUUUAAACUUUAAAUUUUAUUUUCUAUUCUUAAAAUUCAGUUUUAAUGCCUACAAUUUGAAAUCUACUGUUGUUCUUUCUCUAUGUAUGUCCUAUUGAAAAUUCCUAAAGUUGUUGGUGCCAUCAGUGAUUUACAAACAGUAUUUUGAUAUUGCAGAUGAUUUGCUCAUUGUAUUUGCAUAGUUAGAAAGAAAAUAGUUUGUAGACAAUGAUUCUCUCUUUUUUCUAAUAAAAUGAAAUAAAAGUUCUAAAAGCACUAGAGAAUUUAA